AUGGCGUCUGCAUCGAAUGGAGUUUCCAUUACAAAUAUGCAAUUCUCAAGCUUAGAUGUUCCGUCCGAAAGGAAAAAUAACUUGGGCACAGCAAAUCAAGCAUUCCUGGAGACAGAAAUUUCGGAAGCAGACCGCAAAUAUAGUGCCGUAGGGGAAAAUACUGAACAAAAAUUGGACCAGGAAGGUUAUGCACGUAAAUCUCCACUCAACCGUGAAGACAUGAACACAGACAUCCAUGAUGAUACCAGGAAGGUGAACCUGAAAGAAACCCGCACCUCUCCACUGAUAUUGACAGGCUUACAAUACAAAGUAGAUGACUGUCCACCAUGGCAUACAACGAUACUGCUGGGUUUCCAGCACUACUUAAUGCUGUUGAGCUCCAACCUUGCCACGCCGGCAAUUUUUGCCACAAUUAUGUGUGCUGCUGGAAACAAACAUGUGACAUCGACUCUGAUGGGAAACAUGUUGUUCGCAUGUGGCUUAGGAACUGUUUUACAGACCUUGUUUGGAAGCAGACUGCCGAUUGUCCAGUGUCCAGCUUUUGCUUACGUUGUGCCAAUGUUAGCAAUGAUAGAGAUAGAGGAAUUCGCAUGUCCAGAUUUUGCCGCUGUUGCUAACUCUACUGCUGCCAAUAAUCUACUGUCAGAGGAAGUGUACUGGACAACACGUUUGAAUAUGCUGGCAGGGUCUGGUAUAGUGGCAGCCGUAGUGGAAAUCAUUAUUGGAGCAAGUGGUAUUAUAAACAUUUUACUGCGAUUUAUUGGACCACUCACAGUCGCCCCAACUAUCAUGAUGAUUGGACUUGGAGUCACAAAGCUUGGCUUUGAGCUAGCGGGAAAACAUUGGGGUAUUGGGCUAGGAACGAUCAUACUCAUCGUGUUAUUAUCUGAAUGUAUACCAUCAUUCUCUAUGAAAGUGCCAUGCAGAUGCAAGAUGUGCCCGGCCAAAACAAAUGUAGUCUUUCACAAAAUGUUCUCGGUAAUCAUUUCCGUAUGUGUGAUGUGGUUGUUAUGCCAUAUCCUGACUGUUACAAACGUUUUCCCAGAAGACGAAACAGUUUACGGUUAUGAGGCGAGGACAGAUCUCCGAACGGAUUUUUUACGCGUGGCCCCUUGGUUCUCUUUUCCUUAUCCAGGAAAGUUUGGUUUACCUGUGUUUAAUACCGCCAUGUUCGUGGGGAUGAUCGCAGGUGUGUUAACCUCUAUCAUAGAGUCGAUUGGAGACUAUUACACGUGCGCACGUAUAGCAGGGGCGGUACCCCCACCACCUUCCGCUGUCAACAGAGGCAUCCUGCUUGAAGGUAUCGAUUGUAUCCUGGCUAUUUUGGUUGGAUCUGGAUUUGGUGUGACCUCAUGUAGUCAAAAUAUCGGCGUUAUAAGUCUAACCAAGGUUGGAAGCCGUCGGGUAGUGCUCGUCGCUGGACUAAUGCUCAUGUUUUUUGGCUGCUUCAGUAAGAUGAGUGCGUUUGUUGUUACUGUGCCAGACCCGAUAAUCGGAGCUGCUUUCAUUGUCCUGUUUGCUGUAUUAACUGCUGUUGGAGGGUCCAAUCUACAAUACGUCGACCUUAACUCUCCAAGAAACAUGAUAGUGUUAGGCAUGUCCUUAUUUGUUGGAUUGGCCUUACCACAGUGGUUAACAGACAAUCAGGAUUUAUUUCUACAACUUGCAUCCGGACCUCGACAGGUCAUCACAGCCUUACUAGGAAACAACAUUUUCAUGGCCUGUUUUACAGCGGUUAUUCUGGAUAACCUUAUGCCCGGUACUGCGGAGGAACGAGGGAUAUUUGCCUGGCGGGAAGUGUUUGAAGACGGUGGAGAAGAUGCUGCUGGCGAUGAUAAUAAUAAUACAAUGACCUUGAGGACCUAUGACCUGCCGAUUGGUAUGAAUUACAUACGAAAGUGGAAAUGGACUUAUUACCUCCCUUUCUCACCGACCUUUCUCGGAAUGGACGCGUGUUGCCCGAACGAUAAUAGUUAG